AGUCCCUUCUACAUCUGCCAGAAAUCCAUAUAGAUGACGUACAGCGGCUUGCAGACAAAUUUUCACUUUUACGGCAUGUUCUAAACUUGAUAAAAGGAUAUCAGUUCUUCACUGAGCAGUACCUGUUUGAUUAUGAAGGUUGUGUUCAUGUCCACGCUGCAGGCAGUGAAAGUGUCCCCUUUAAUAGAGAGAGUCAGUGACCAUAAGGAUUUCAAAAAGCUGCUCAGGACCAGAACCAAUGUCCUUGUCCUUUACACCAAGUCAGCUACAUCUGGAGAUGUUCAUCUGAAGCUGCUGUCUGAUGUAGCCCAAGCAGUGAAAGGCCAAGGGACCAUCGCCUGGGUGAACUGUGGGGAUUCUGAGGGUCGCAAACUCUGUAAGAAAGUGAAAGUGGAUCCAAGUUCAAAGACGGCUGGAUUUGAAAUCCUUCAUUAUAAAGAUGGGACCUUUCAUACAGAAUACAACAGACCAGCCACACUUAAGUCUAUGGUGGCGUUCCUGAAAGAUCCCACAGGAGCCCCCCUAUGGGAGGAGAACCCUGAAGCUAAAGACGUUGUUCACAUCGAGACAGAGAAAGACUUUAAGAAGCUGCUGAAAAGAGAAGAGAAACCCAUCCUCAUGAUGCUUUAUGCUCCCUGGUGUGGUGUAUGUAAGAGGAUGCAGCCCAUCUUCCAACAAGCUGCCACAGAGACGAAAGGGAAAUAUGUAUUGGCAGGGAUGAACGUUCACCCAGCAGAGUUUGAUGGACUUAAGCAGGAGUUUGACGUCAAAGGCUACCCAACCUUCUGCUACUUUGAGAAGGGAAAGUUCCUGCAUCACUAUGAGAACUAUGGAGCCACAGCCAAGGACAUUUCAGACUGGCUUAAAAACCCACAGCCUCCUCAGCCCAAGACCCCUGAGGUACCGUGGGCAGAUUCGGACUCGGCUGUCUUUCAUCUGACUGACGAGUCCUUUGACACGUUUCUGGAGGAGCAUCCCUCAGUCCUGGUCAUGUUUUAUGCGCCCUGGUGUGGCCAUUGUAAGAAGAUGAAGCCUGAAUACGAUGAAGCGGCCGAAAUCCUCAACAGAGAGGAAGAUAGUCCAGGUGUAUUAGCAGCAGUGGACGCCACCAUCCAUAAAUCUGUGGCUGAGCGCUUUAAGAUCUCAGGCUUCCCUACUGUAAAGUACUUUGAGAAGGGAGAGGAGAAGUAUACACUACCACAGCUGCGGACCAAAGACAAGAUCAUCGAGUGGCUGCAGAACCCACAGGCUCCCCCUCCUCCUGAGCAAUCAUGGGAGGAGAAGCCAUCCAGCGUGAGUCACCUCGGGGCUGAAGACUUCAGGGAGGCUCUCAAGAAGAAGAAGCACGCCCUGGUCAUGUUCUACGCUCCUUGGUGCCCGCACUGUAAGAAUGCCGUCCCCCACUUCAUUACAGCUGCCGAGACUUUCAAAGAAGACCGCAAGAUUGUGUAUGCUGCUGUGGAUUGCACCAAAGGCCAGAACCAUGAGUUGUGUAAGCAAGAGGGUGUAGAAGGCUAUCCAACCUUUAACUACUACAAUUAUGGCAAAUUCAGUGAAAAAUACAACGGAGAGAGAGGAGAGGUUGGAUUCACCAGUUUCAUGCGAAGCCUAAGAGGGCGUGACCAAGAGAAGGUGGGAAAGCGAAAGGAGGAGCUCUAAGAAUGUGGGUGUGGCUAUAAACAGGGGAGGAGCCUGUCAUUGCACUGUGACUGGGCAGGGACCUUCCAGCACUGAUGCCACACAUGUGAACACCUCAGCUUAAAGAGAGGAUAUUUUUAUACAGCCUUAUGUUUGUAAUACCAAUGUUCAGCCACAAGACCACUCGAGACUUGGCUUUGGUUUUUUUUUCCAUAGACAUUUGAUGACAAGGACAAUUGCUCUCAAAUACUGUGACAGUUAAUCAAACUACAUCUUAAAUCUAUGCAAUACUGACCACUUGCUCUACAGCUCUUAGUGACCGGUGGUUUCUGGGUGAAGCGGACACUUACAGCUACUUUACAUAAGUCAACCUGUCAGCUCUCCUUGACACUGACAGUCUCCUUUAUUAUUGCCAUUCCCACCUUUGUAAAGAGGACCCAUAAUGUAAACAAUCACCUGUUUGAGUAUUUUUGUACAAUAAACGUGGCAUCCUGGACUAGAAACACAAUAGAAGAAAAGGAAAAAUGUAGCUCAAAUUUGUGGCCUUAAAUGUUUGAAUAUGUUUUAUUCAAGGGGUGCGGUGCACCCAGAACUAUUUGAGAUUUUGUGGGGCCAAAAUACAACAGAGCAAAUAAGAAAUUGUGUGUUGAAGCUCGUAGCUUCGUUGUUCCUUGUAUUGUUAUGUGUGAUUGAUUUUCAGCUGUGGGAAAAUAAAUACAAAAAAAAAAGAAGAAGAAAGAUGCCAAAAGUGUAAUUUAGUGGUGAAGGAUAAACUGAGCCCCAACUUAGUUGAUGUAUUUUUCGUUCCUGUUUAUCCCUGAUAAUCAAUUUCCAUAGUUUCACUUAAAUAUGGUCAGGAGCCCUAUUAAAAUGUAUUAAACACCACAGUCAGACCCAAUGUGAAUCCUUACGCUGCAUAGUAAGCUGCCAUUCAGAAUUUAUUAUCAGUGCAGGAAUCAUUUAAAGUCUGAGAACGAGGAAUUACAAAUGUUUUUUUUUGUCUGAUUCAUUAAAUCAAGUUUCAUUGAGAUUUGGACUGGUGUAAGGGUAUUUAAUAUUAACAUAUUACUGUCGGUCCUCAAUUCUUUUCUUAAUUAGUAAUUUGUCAUUGAACGACAGCCUUCACUUCCAUAUUAUGCAACACGUAUGUAAUAUUCCUUCUAUGCCUUUUUAUUAGGAAAUGAUUUUGAAGAGAUUAAUUUUUAAUCUCAUCUUGAUUUCCCCUUAUACAUAGCAAACAAACUGAGAUUUGUAUUAAUGACAGAAAAGAAAGAAAUCCUUUUUGAAAUGUGGUUUCGGUGGUGCUUCGGUGCACUCUUUCAUCUAUCCAGUGUGGCAGUGAAGGUUUGAGAAGCAAUCUCAUUCGUCCAUCAUCCACUAGGACCAUUGCAUUGUACCAUUAUUCUCUCUGAGGCAACUUUUGUUACUGUGUUGUGAACUCCCUGAUCAAGGCAGUAUACAUAUUUAAUCAGCUUAUCUGUAGCUAAACAUGUUUUAUUAUUAAUGAGAUUGAUUCUUUUCAUUCUGAAUAAAGUUCUCAGGGAUAGCAAAAACACAUCUUAGCUGGGUACUUGGAGCUUGUGUUACUGAAUUCUGAAUUGUUUACAUUUGUCUGCGGGAGCCUGUUUAUGACAGGUUUGAAAUGUGUUGACAAAUUCUGGCAGAAAGUAUUAACUUCAUUGAGCCAAGGUAAGCUCAGAAAAAAUCAGAAGCGUCAUAAGUCACAAGUGCUACGUUUAUAUCACUCAGCCAGUCAAUAUUAUUGCAGCUGUAGCCAGAGGAAGGUAAAGACAGCCUGGUUCAACUGGGUUAUUAAUACUUUUUCUUUCUUUUCUUUUUUUAUGGUUACUUACACAUCAACAGGAGGGAACCGUCAAAAUAAUGCUUAUUGUGUCUGUCAUGCUACAGAAUAUUAGCCAGUGUAUCAGUUUUCUCUCAUAGUGUGGUCCAGAAAUUUCUGUACCUAAGCAUUUGUCUGUUGAAGGCAAUCCUGCUUUGUCUUAUCCCAAAGGUCUCCAUGUCACACUGAUGCCAAGAAGUCACUUUCAUCUGUCUGUUAUUUAUGCACCCAGCCAUAUGUACAGUUUUGGCCCAGUGAAUAAACACAAUGCAAAAUAAAGGCAUACAUUUCCA